AUGUUCUCAUCAUCUGUACUGAAUGAUAGCGUCCAGCUCCCACAAAUGCAGCAAAAACUAGCUGGAACAAUUGAGAAUAUUCUUCAAAUCGAGACGGACACUUCUUCUAAUGGAAUGGAUCUAUUCACCAGACUCAGGGACACCAUACGACAGCGAACGAGGGAUGAGCAUUCCCGGAUAGAGUCGUUUGCCAUUCACCUGAAUCUCGCGGCUGAUUAUACGGCUAAAGGGCUGCAUGACUUAUUAGCAGAGUCUGAGUCUUCUAGCUCUGAUGAAUCUGUCGAUACUGAGCCUGAGUCGAUGGCUGGAGGUGCUGCUACGGAAUAUAAUGGACUCGUCCACUCUGAAAGGUUGAAUGACCCACCAUCAGAGUCUGAAUCUCCGAGUUCUGCUGAACCUAUCGAUGCCGAGCCUGAGUCGACAGCAGAAGGUGCCACAACGGAGUUUAAUAUGCUCGCCUACCUCAAUGAGUCUAUUGUUAAUUUUCGCCAAUUAUCGGAUGCGUGUAUAACUCAAUUCCCAACUUAUAGAUAUAUUGCCAAGUGCGGAAUAUGGGAGCCUAAUGUCCAAAACUGCGGCCUUGCUGUAAUUGGACAUGCUUGUAUGCGCAUGCUCGAUCUUUCGAUAGUACCUGGAGACUAUGAUUUGGAUAUGAUUAGAAUACAUACAGUUGAAGCCUUCAACAACGCAUGGGCAAUGGGAGAUUUAUCAGAAGCUCCCUUACGUCUGUUAAAAAACUAG